UACUGCAGAAUACUGAAUGGAGUGUCGUACUAACAGCAGUUCAGAGCUCUCUGCUGCUCUUUAUUUUUAACACUUCAGAGUUGUGUUUGUGAUCAACAUAGCAAGACCAACAGGGGAGACAUGACUCCCGGAACUAUGGUGAAUAGAGCGGAACUGCCUGGGAAGACAGAUUAAAUCAAGUUUAAUUCUGACAUCCCUACCUCUCCAUUGAAACAAGCUUUGCACAGUCUUUUCUGACGGCAGUUGACCGAGAAGAACUGAAACUGUGGAGAAAGAAACUGCAGAUGAGGGGGGACUACUGCACUUGAAUUGAUCAAUUUGACAACUUAGAAAAACACACACAGUGGGGAAUUGAUAUUCUUGAGAAAUACAUCAAAUUUGUAAAGGAAAGAACAGAGAUUGAACUCAGCUAUGCAAAGCAACUCAGACAUCUUGUGGGGAGCUUUUUUAAAAAUCAAAGAGAAAAAAACAAAACAUUCCUGGACCCAACCCUGGACCUUCCAUUUCAGAGCAUUUGGAAUGGGGCCCAAGUGUCUCCUUUUAAAAGCCUCCCUUCAGUUCCUAGGAUCAAGCACGUUUAAAUGCAAUGUCCUUGUUAAAGGAAUCUUUCGAAGAAAUACCAACCUAAGAAGAACUCGAAGGAGGAAGAAGAAUACAGGUACACAGCAUGUAAAGCCUUCCUUUCCACCCUGAACGAAAUGAACGACUACGCGGGGCAGCAUGAAGUCGUCUCCGAGAACUUGACCUCACAGAUCAUCGCAGGCUUAGCACGCUAUGUCCAGGAAGUGAAGCAGGAAAGAAAAUCGCACUUCCACGAUGGACGGAAGGCCCAGCAGCACAUCGAGACCUGCUGGAAGCAGCUGGAAUCAAGUAAAAGACGCUUCGAGCGGGACUGCAAGGAGGCGGACCGAGCGCAGCAGUACUUCGAGAAGAUGGACGCUGACAUAAACGUCACGAAAGCAGAUGUGGAAAAGGCACGACAACAAGCUCAAGUACGUCACCAAAUGGCAGAGGACAGCAAAGCAGACUACUCCUCGAAUCUUCAGAAAUUCAACCUUGAGCAGCGCGAGUAUUACCACACUCACAUUCCCAACAUAUUUAAAAAAAUACAAGAGAUGGAGGAGAGGAGAAUAGUGCGACUUGGAGAAUCGAUGAAGACCUAUGCCGAGGUCGACCGGCAGGUGAUUCCAAUCAUUGGGAAGUGCUUGGAUGGAAUAGUCAAGGCGGCCGAGUCCAUUGAUCAGAACACUGACUCACAGCUGGUCAUAGAAGCUUAUAAAUCAGGGUUUGAGCCUCCCGGAGACAUCGAAUUUGAGGAUUACACUCAGCCGAUGAAGCGCACCGUGUCGGAAAACAGCCUUUCAAAUUCCAGAGAGGGCAAAGCAGAGCCCAAAUUCGGUGGCAAAUCCAAAGGAAAGUUAUGGCCGUUCAUCAAGAAAAACAAGGGUGCAGCGCCCGAGGAUUUCAGCAACCUCCCACCUGAGCAGAGAAGGAAAAAGCUCCAACAGAAAGUCGAUGAACUAAAUAAAGAAAUUCAAAAGGAGAUGGAUCAAAGAGAGGCCAUAACGAAGAUGAAAGAUGUUUACCUAAAGAAUCCUCAGAUGGGAGACCCAGCCAGUUUGGACCACAAAUUAACAGAAGUCAGCCAAAAUAUAGAAAAGCUGCGACUAGAGGCCCAGAAAUUUGAGGCCUGGCUGGCGGAGGUGGAAGGCCGGCUCCCGGCUCGCAGCGAGCAGGCCCGCAGGCAGAGCGGACUGUACGACGCCCAGACUGCCCCGACCGUCAACAACUGCGCGCAGGCUCGGGAGAGCAGCCCGGAUGGCAGUUACACGGAGGAGCAGAGCCAGGAGAGUGAGGUGAAGGUGCUGGCCACGGAUUUCGACGACGAGUUCGACGACGAGGAGCCCCUGCCUGCCAUCGGGACUUGCAAAGCUCUCUACACGUUCGACGGUCAGAAUGAAGGAACCAUUUCUGUAGUUGAAGGAGAAACGCUGUAUGUCAUAGAGGAAGACAAAGGUGACGGGUGGACCCGCAUUCGGAGAAAUGAAGACGAGGAGGGCUAUGUCCCCACAUCAUACGUCGAAGUCUAUUUGGACAAAAAUGCCAAAGGUGCUAAGACUUAUAUUUAAUACAACUUAAAAAAAAAAAACUUUUAAAAAAACAUUGGAGUUGUUUCUCCCCACAACUGUGACUGUUACAGGCAGUUCGUCAAAAGACUGGAUGGAGAGCACGCAGUGCCCGUGUCCUCAGAGCCCCCAGUGGACGCUAGGGACCUCACACCGAACGUCCUGGGCUAGUUUUGACUAUUCCCGAGUUCCGCUCGCUGGUGACUUCUAUGUGGACAGCUGCCAACUGCCAAUUUACAGCUGUGUCAUUUGAAAUCUGAUAAACACUUCUGGCAGCAUCUGUAGCUCACAACAAAAAGGUUGCCUUCUAGCUUCUAGUCAGUAUUUCCAAAGUUCAGAGUCCACACGCAUCCCGGGGCUGCGGCAGCCCCCGUUCUGUUUGUAUCUAGUCUCUGCCACAAGUUGAACUACCACAGAAGGUUACAUUCUGUAACAGUCAAGUGAACUAGGCUAGUUUGUUCAAUUUUGCAAUCAUUCACUUUGGAGGAAGUCAUCAAUAGAAGCUCCCCCUUCUUGAGUCAAGAAGCAAAUAAGAUUCUUUUACUGGUACCAAAAGUGUGUGUUUUUACCGAAACCUGGUGGAGGUCAUUGUUAGAUCAUCGAGAUCAUCCUAGUAAGUCUGUUUGACUCCAAACAACCAGUGGAAAUCUGGAAAAGUUUGGUCAUUUACCCAGUUGCUUUUUACACAUGACUAUCGAUCUCCCCAAUGACAGUUGACAGAGUUGAUCAGAUUUGAAAGCGCCGUUUAGACAGACUUGUGUGUACAAAUAGCACUUUGCUCUGUUCUGUUCUGUUGGAAGUUUUGUGGCACAUGGGGCUGUAUUCAGCUAACCUUUCCUCCGUGGGGCAGACCCAGAACGUGACUUUUCAAAGCAGAGAUUAAACAAAAAAUCGUUGGCAUCUUUAAGCCCCAGAGUGAGUGACUGGGAAAUCGUUUUAAAAUUGCUAGCUGGUUUCAUAUAAUCAACUGUAACCAGAAUGAAGCACAAUGUUUCACCAUCUUUAAGGGAAACUGGGUCACAUGGGCAUUUACGUGGAAGUUGGCAGGACAGGUAGUGAAAUUGUCACAUGCACAGGUGGGUACCAAGCCCAGUGCUUGUGCCCAGUUCAAGAAUCUACCCUGAGAUUAUGGAGAAACAGCUGUAAAUGGGUCAGAAUGAAGGUGUCAGGUUGAGAUUCUCUUUUUAUUUGGCUUUGAAAAUUAUUUGUGUCUUCCUGCUUUUCAAUGGGAAAUGAACUCCUUGGCUGUACACGGUGGGCCCCUUUUAUACGUUCCCAUCCAUUUGGAGCUGAUUCUUAAAGCGACAGCAGCACACCGGGGGCCUAGGACCCUGUGGGAGGGGUGACGCUUGUAGAGAAUCCAGCAGGAAGCUCGCUGCCACUUCUCAGAGGCCCCCAGAUGGAGCCCAUAGCCACUGGCUAAUGACAGCCCGGUUUUUAAAAAUGCUUUUUAUGUUCAAGUACAGAAUCUGAGGGACUUGCAGAGAUAGUGCAGAGAGAUCCGGGUCCCCUUCACCCCGCGUCCUCCCAGUGUUACAUCUGACACAAUCGGAAUCCAGUAUCCAAAGCAGGAAGCCGAUGGGUCUGCCUGAUCUUUUACAUAGAAUUUUGUAAUUCAAAUUUCUUCCAAAUGACCAUAGCACCUUUGCUGACAUAAUAUCGAUAAAGCCACUCAGCCUGAGACCAGACCUCUCGGGGGGGUCGUUCUGUCCCUUUCUUAGUUUGGCAGCAAGAAAACCAGCUGCUCAUUAGACCACAGGGCUGCAGCUCAAGGAGCAACUGGGUGGGGGGGGCAAGCUUUAGGUCUGUAACCUCAUUUCCAGGCGAUGAGCUACUGGAGAAAGCAAACUAAACAUUGAGAAAGUCUUAACAUGUGGCCAGACAACAUGGGCCCUUGAAAGCCUGCCUUGAAGCAAAGGGCUUCCGUGAAGUGUUCUUUGUUUUUUGUUUUCCCUUUGGCGUGUGCAAAUUUGGUUCAGGAAACAGCUCACUUGGUUUCCUGGGUGGUUUGGGUGCGUCAGUUACAAUGAUUAAGUUGUGCCCUCGGCACCUGUAGUGCAAGAAUCCAUGUCCUUUGACUCAGUGGUGACACUUUAUGGUUUCGGGUCACUGAAACAAUUCCCAGAGAAUCAGGAACUUCCCUUUCCGCCCAGAGUAUUUUUUGUUCUCUUCCCUGGUUAUCUGUUCAAAUAAAAGCAGCAAAGUCUCAGCUUGUUUCAUCAAGUUUUCUCCUUUUAUUUUAGAGCUACCCUUCUAGGUUACCAAUGUGUACGGAAGCCCUUCCCUCCUGAGUUCAUAGACCCGCACAGCCUCCCCCACCGACACUGCCCGCCUUGCACCCACCCCGCCACACACCCGGCCGGCCGGCGGGGGGCCGGCGGGGUUGCCCCUUCCGCUUGCAGUCUUGCCCGUGCCCUUGUGCGUGUGU